AUGCAGCUCACAGGGAAGUGGUUCCUGGUUGGCAUGGCCUCUCGCUGCACCUACCUGGCGGAGCACAGCCACCAGCUGGAGGCCACGGUGGUGACAGUGACCGUCCCGGAUGGGAAGAGCCUGGACAUCAGCACCUUCAGGAAGCUGGACGGGAUAUGUUGGGAAAUCAAGCAGCACUACGUCCCUGCCACGGCUCCUCGACACCAUUCCAGAAGCAAGGUGGAGAUGGUGGUGGGUGAGAUGGACCCCAGCAGCUACGCCAUCCUCUACUACCAGAAGGACCGGAGCAUCUCUGUCAAGCUCUACGGACGGACCAGUCGGGUCAGUGACCCUGUCGCAGAAAGGUUUGAGCAGCGCAUCAAAGAUGUGGGGCUGAGCGAGGAUAUGACCUACUACUUCCCCACGUAUGGGUUCUGUGACUCUGCAGACGAGUUUCACAUCCUCAAUG